AUGGUCCCAGUACACACUGACGAAUGUUGGCAGGGCCAAGGAUAUUUGUCGCCUUUCAAGGCGACCAAAGAACUGUACCUCGAUGUCCCUGGAGCCCGCCCUAGCGAGCCAGGAGUCGUGGCCCGGGCCCUCGCUGUGCUGCAGGCCGAGUCAGGCUUCAGAAGGAGCCCUCCCACACCAUCCGUACCCCCUACCUCUCUCGCGCGCAGCCCAGCCAUCUUCCCUGGGCCUCCGCUCCCGCCAAAGCGCUCCUCGCCCUCUGAUUGGCUCUCCCGGGAGCCGCCGUCCAAUGGGGAUGACGUCUUCGCGCACGUCGGGAGCGCCGGGCGGAGGAAGGAAGUCGUCGGAGCCCUCGACGCCUGGCCCCCCAGAGCGCGAGGAUGGCAGCGCGCGGUGUUUAGCCCAGGCCGCGUGGCCUCAGGCCCUCGUCCGUCAUCACUGCCCGGUGCAUGUGGCUGCUGGCGACCCGGGGAGACUGCAGGACCCGUGUGGGCCGAGCCAGCGGUGGCCGUGGGGGGCAGCCCCGACCUCGGGCCUGCACUGGCUCCAUGCUCCAUUCCCAGAAACCCUCGCGCCCGAGAUCCCUCUUCCGCGGAGUUGGGCCCCGGGGCCCAGGCGUGCGAGGCCAUCUGCUUUGCAGGACCUUCUGUGACGCGGUUGCCUCCGCCUAACCCUCGCUCCCUGGUUUCGGGAUUGCGAGCCAGCGCCAUCACUGAGACAGUGAGCCCACCUGCGCCGCUUUGCGCAACCUCCCUGCUAGAAACAACUGGAGCAGAGGAAACACAGGACAGCAGGACCGAAUUUACUGCAGAACCGUUCCAGAUUGGGUCUGAGGACAAGGCUAGUUCCAAAAUCCUCUACAGGAAUCCCCGGUUCCUCCGGGUAGCUUUUCUGCAGCUUCGUCACCAGCAGCAGAGCGGUGUGUUUUGUGAUGCCCUUCUGCAGGCAGAGGGUGAGGCUGUCCCAGCCCACUGUUGCAUCCUGUCUGCCUGUAGUCCCUUCUUCACCGAACGUCUGGAGCGAGAAAGGCCAGUUCAGGGUCGGAAGGUGGUGCUGGAACUGGGAGGCCUAAAGAUCAGGACACUUAGGAAGCUGGUGGAUUUCCUGUAUACUUCAGAGAUGGAAGUAUCUCAGGAAGAAGCCCAGGAUGUGCUUUCUGCUGCCCGUCAGCUCCGAGUCUCCGAGCUGGAAACCCUUCAGCUGGAGGGUGGAAAGUUAGUAAAGGCUCCCCAGGGCCGAAGACUAAACAGAGAGUGCUUACAACCACCCAGUGCCGCACCAAUCUCUGCCAGAGUGGUCACACCGAGCCGCCGCCCUCGACCUCCACUGCCUGCCCCCCACACUCCUGGUCCUCUUGGAGCAGUGAGGUUGAAGUCCUCAGGGGAAGAAGAGGGGCCUCACAAAAAGAGCAGCUUAACAACUGUGGAUAGCUUGCCAGAGACCCUUUUACUCAAGAAGAAGGCCAGGAUUUGCUCAGCUCAAGAAAGAAGCUUGUCUCCAUCGAGCCAGAGAGAAGGGCCUACGGAGAAGAGUGACCCUGCUCUAGGUCCUAUGGCACAUUGCCAUCCUGCCUUGUACCCUUCUGUGGAUGAGCAGCUGUUGCCCCGCAAGAUCAGGCUGAGUCGCUCAAAGCCAUCGGCUCAUGUCUGUACACCUGGGCCUUCUAGCGUUCUAAGUGGUCCCAGUUCAGUGCCCACAGCUCCUGGCCGGCGUCUCUGGAGGCAGAGAAAUGUAAGUGGAGCAGCACAGGCUGUGGACAAGCAGAAGCCAGGGGACGUCAGUCCUCUGGAGAGCACUCCAGACCCUUCAGAUGUUAGGAAGACGGGUGGCGCCAGGAACCAGAGCCCCGAAUUCCGAGCCCUUGCCUCCAGCUCUGUAGAGGAGGGACAGGUUGGGAGAGUAAAGCUUAGGAAGAUUGUCAAUGGUACCUGCUGGGAGGUGGUGCAGGAGCCUCCCCUCAGAAACACCCGAGACAGCCCCCAGGUCCCAGGACCCUCGGAUGUAGAAAAGCCUUCAGGAACUCUGCUGGCCUCAGUCAGUGUGCAGGAAAUACCUGCUGGAUCCCAGCUGUGUCAGGACUCCCCAGAGAGCCCGGGGCUACAGGACAUUUUGCUCUGUGCUAGCCACUCCCCAGACCACCCUGUGGUGAAGUCAGAGUUUGGAUCUAGCCCGAUGCUGAUAGGGAAGGAGCCUGUGCUGAACCUCGACUGCAGCGAGCCCUACACGUUUGACACAGCCCUGCUGGGCCAGCCCUGUGAAGCUGAGCAGUACCGGAUCACAAGCGCUGCGGCCACCAGUGAGUUGGAAGAGAUUCUGGACUUCAUGCUAUGUGGCUCAGAUGCUGAACCACCAGUAGGAUCUCUGGAGAGUCCUGGGGCUGAAGGCUGCAGAACCCCAAGUUAUCACCUGUCAGAAACAGGAAAGAAUUGGAUUGAAGGGGAAGAAUGGUGUUUGCCAGACAUAGAACUCUGGCCCAGAGACCUCACAGGGUUGGAAAAGGAACUGGUUGGUGAAAACAAAGAGCCAGUUGAGCCGCUUAGCCCCCUUGUCAUGCCCUCUGAGAACACAGAAUCAGCUGAGCCCCUUAGCCCCCUUGUCAUGCCCUCUGAGGUGAACAGAGAGGCACUUUCCCUGAGAAGCUCUUGGACUCCAGACCUUGAAAUUACCAGCUCCCAGCCACUGGAUGGUCAGGGAGAAAAACUUCUCCACCUUGACUCCCCUGACUCUUCCCAAAGGUCUUACAGGGAUCUCUCACUUCCGUGCUCAAACUGGGUAGAGACAGGGCUGGAUGAGGUAUUGUAUCCCACGCCCAAGGCAGUCAGGGAAGUGUCUGCUAACCCUGAACUGCGGGACCCAUGUCCUGGCAGUUCUGAAGACGAAGAGAUUGACGUGGGGAACUGGGCGGAGGAGGAUAGGCUAGGGCCUGGUGUUCCCUCUGUCUGGCCUGACCCUUCCUCAGAGUCAGAAACAGAGAUUGAUAUAAUAACAUAGUGGACAGGCAGGGCGGGGCAGGACUCCUAGGAGGGUGACAACUGUUGAUCAGCAAAGGGCUUUCUUGGGAGAAAAGCAAGCACAUGUCCCCUCCUCAGCACUGAUCUCCCUUCCCCAGGUUUGUGCGCCAGGCAGAAGUUAAAUAAAUAGCAAUACCAUGGAUAGAAAAUUAUGAACCUGAGCUAUUUCUUUGUAAUCCAUUUUUCAGUGACAAAAUAAUUGUGGUCCCCAACUCUAGUUAAGAUAUAGGAAUAGUUAAGACUAGGCCUUUCACAGUUCGAGAUCUGACAGUCAUUGAAAAUUCAGGGACAGUUUGUGUUCUACUUAAAGGAUGUCUGCGAAGGAAUGAAGCUAUCUUACAUAGAGCACCAGAAUAAGUGGGAUCUCAAAUGCUCAGGCUGGCACUGAACUGCCUCAGCCCCUGUGGCUGGUGUCACAGUCGGCCACGAAGCCCAGCCACGGGACUUACUCACUGCCAGUAUGACAAGCCUAGCAAAAGCCUCGAUGGGCCUAGAAGAUGUUCUCUCC